AUGGCUGGUCAAGCGUCUCAAUUCCAACAAUUGGAAAAACUAGGUGAAGGUACCUAUGCUACCGUUUAUAAAGGCCGUAACAGGGCCACGGGUACGCUCGUUGCCUUGAAGGAAAUCAAUCUAGACUCUGAAGAAGGUACUCCAUCAACAGCAAUCAGAGAGAUCUCUUUGAUGAAAGAUUUGAAACACAACAAUAUUAUCAACUUAUAUGAUGUUAUCCACACUGAGAAUAAAUUAACUUUGGUUUUCGAAUAUUUGGAUAGAGAUUUGAAGAAAUACAUGGAUGUUCAUGGUAAUAAUGGGGCUUUAGAACCACAUGUCGUCAAAUCAUUUAUGUUUCAAUUAUUGAAAGGGAUCCAGUUCUGUCACCAAAAUAGAGUUCUACACAGAGAUUUGAAACCACAAAACUUGUUAACAAACUCAAAAGGUGAAUUGAAAAUUGGUGAUUUUGGUUUAGCAAGAGCAUUUGGUAUUCCAGUCAAUACAUUCUCAAGUGAAGUUGUCACAUUAUGGUAUAGAGCUCCAGAUGUCUUGAUGGGAUCCAGAAACUACUCUACAUCUAUUGAUAUGUGGUCUGCUGGUUGUAUAUUGGCUGAAAUGUUUAUUGGGAGACCUCUUUUCCCAGGUGGUUCCAAUGAAGAUCAAUUGACCAAAAUAUUCAGACUGAUGGGUACUCCAAAUGAAAGAACAUGGCCAGGUGUUUCUCAAUUACCAAAUUAUAGACCAAACUUCAAUAUGUUUAUUCCACAAGAUUUAAGAACAAUUAUCCCAAAUAUAGAUCCAUUGGCAUUGAAUUUAUUAAACAGCUUAUUACAAAUGAAACCAGAGAAUAGAAUAUCUGCAGCACAAGCAUUACAACACCCAUGGUUUAGUGAAUAUACUAACAAUAACUUGAGUAAUCCUGUCUCCGCUGAUCAAAAUCAAGAACAAUUAUUGCAACAAUUACAACAACAACAAGCCCGUCAACAUAUACUUCCACAAAACAACCAAGUUCCACAAGUUCCACAAGUUCCACAAAUUCCACAAUAUCAACAGGUCCCACCUCAACAACAGCAACAACAAUAUUACCAAUAG